AGUCUGUGGUAUUUAUUUGUUUUGAUUGAAAAUAAAUAUAACCUCAAAUUCGCGUGUAACAAAACGAGUAUUAGCAAUUAUUUAUUGAUAACAUGAAAGUAAAAAAUAUUUUAGUUUUUCUGCCAAACAGUUUAGAUACUACAAAAGCUGGUUAUUUAAAAGGGCGAAAGAAAAUACUGGAUAAUACUGAAGUUUUCUAUAUAACAAGCGAUAAAGUUUCAAGGAAUAUCUACCAAAGUUUAGGGUACAUAGGAAGCGACGUGGAAUUUGAAGCUUUAACAGAAGAUGUUGAUUUGCACAUAAAUAUUGUUAAUGGGAAAAUUUUGAUAAAACACACCAGUGAAAAUGAGCCUCUAACUCGAAUAAUCUACGAUUAUAAAAGAUUAAGAGACUCCGAUAUUCUUCAUAAUAACACCGAAAUCUAUGGACAACAUUUCAAAUAUUUAUGUAGAGAUAUCAGAAAAUGUGUUUAUCUAGUGUCAAAUAAUGGAAGAGAUUUUAUAACAAAGUUUUUAUUGCAUAUUAUAUUUAUUAUCGAUAUUUGUCUUAAUGUCACAUCAAAAUUGCAUAAAAUAGUAGAAAAAUCUUCGACAUUUAUGCAUUUUGAAGAAAAUGUGAGUUUAAUGAAAUGGUUUUUAGCAUCUGCCAUACACAAGAAAAAAUUAUCACCUAAAAUGGGAAACGUUGUCAUAAUUAAGCUAGUAGACAUUAUCAUUGGUAUAUUGUUAACGAAUUAUGUGGUGCAAUACGAAAAUCAAAUAUUCAUCUUCUUAUAUAAUUCAAUUGAGGGAAUAAUUUCGAGUCUUAAAGGAUUGUUAUUUUAUCUGAUGGGAUCUCCGAUUGGUUUAAAAUUGAAUUACGGUUUUAACAACUUCUUGGGUCAAUUUUUUUUGUAUCACAUAUCUUUAUGGAGAAUAUUCUUACAUGGAACCUAUCCUGUAUUGACAAGUUAUUUUAAAUAUCUUAUGCUGCCUGGAAUAUUGGGAUUUUCAUAUCAAAUAGCGAUGAUGUCAGAUAUUUUGGCUAUAGCAACUUUCCAUAGUUACUGCAUUUAUGUUAAUGGAGCAAGAUUAUUUAAUCUGCAAUUGAAGUGCUUAACAUCCCUUUGGAGGGUACUGAUUGGUAGGAAAUUCAAUCCUUUACGGGGUAGAGUGGAUUCUUGCCAAUAUUCUCAAAAUCAGAUGUUCAUUGGGACAUUGUCGUUUUCGAUAUUGUUAUUUUUACUUCCCACAACAGCAAUGUAUUAUGUGGUUUUUUCAGUGUUUCGUUUGGUCACUUUAUUGAUCGAUAGAUUUCUUUUGACAGCGAGAAAUUUGUUUUAUAAUAUUCCGAUAUAUUCCAUAUAUUUGUGGCUGGUGAAUGCAUCAUCGGUUGCAGGCAACAUCCAUAUUAUAUGGAAGGGAUUCGACGAAGUUGGGAACGUCAUUAUAGAAGCAAAACUAAAUAAGUUGCCGUUUAUAUACACAAUCAAAAAGUUUACCCCUGAUCCCUUAAACAAAACAUGCCAACAAAAAAAUUUGGGGGAUAUAUUUCGGAGCAUUUUAACGGGGGUUGUAUUAUAAUUGAAAAAUAUUAAAUAUAUUCCUGUUGUAAUAAAAAUAGUCCUGAUGAAAUUUAUUAAAAGAAAAUUGUCAA